AUGUCAGACCAAGAGGCUGAUGAUAAUUUCGAAGAAGAUAAUGAUUUUAUUAAUAAUGAUAAUUCCAAUUCACAAAGAACAACAUUUCAAGAUUUGGGAGUAAAUCAAUGGUUAAUUGAUUCUUUAAAAGCUAUGUCAAUAAAGUAUCCAAGUGAAAUACAAAAACAUUGUAUACCACCUAUACUAUCAGGUAGAAAUUGUAUAGGUGGAGCAAAAACAGGCUCAGGUAAAACUAUAGCUUUUGCACUUCCUAUUUUGCAAAAAUUAUCAGAAGACCCAUAUGGUAUUUUUGCAUUGAUUUUAACACCUACAAGUAUAAAUCUUAAAAGUAGUGUAAUAGUAGGUGGACUUGACAUGAUGAAUCAAGCAAUUGAAUUGUCAAGAAAACCACAUAUAGUGAUUGCCACACCAGGACGUUUAGUAGGUCAUAUAAAUAAUAGUGGUGUAAAAUCAAAUCUUGCUAGAAUUAAAUUUUUGGUUCUUGAUGAAGCAGAUUUUUUAUUAACUGAUACAUUUACAAAAGAUCUUAAAAUUAUAUUUGAUUCAAUACCUGAAACUCGUCAAACAUUAUUAUUUACAGCAACAAUGACAGAAAAUAUUCUAGAAUUAAAAAAUUCCCCAAAAAAUCCUUUUAUUUAUCAAGUAAAAUCAAAUAUUUCAACAGUGUCAAAACUUUUACAAUAUUAUAUAUUCAUACCAUCACAUGUAAAAGAGCCUUAUUUAAUUUAUUUAUUAAGAUCAAAAAUUAAUGAUGAACUUUUAUCAAAUAAAUCAGUAAUAAUAUUUUGCAAUCGUUGUCGAACAGCAGAAAUGUUAAGAGUGAUGUUGAUAGAAUUAGGAUUAAGAUGUACAAGUUUACAUUCUACCAUGAGUCAACAAGAAAGAUUAAAUAGCUUGGGAAAAUUUAAAGCUGAAGUAAUUAAAAUAUUAAUAUCUACAGAUGUUGAUCCAACUGAUUACAUUCAUAGAGUUGGCAGAACUGCAAGAGCUGGUAGAGAAGAGUGGGAAAUCAAUGAAAAUAAAGUGAUUGAAACAUUAAACGAAGUAUCUGCUGCUAAACGUGCUGCUAAUAUGCAACUUCAUGACACUAAAUUUGGAGAAAUUAAAGAAAUUCAGAAAAAGAAGAGAGAGAUAGAAAAUGGUAGUUAUGAUGAUAAUAAGAUUAAUAAUAAAAAAGUAAAGAAAGUUAAUAAAUCUAAAGAAGUUAAUAAAUGA